AUUGUUGGGACUAUACUUCCCUACAUUCAUCUUCUUGGUGUAUUAAAAAAAAGAGGGGGGAUAAUAUCAAAACUAAAAUGAUUCACGAUUGGAUGGUUUUAUAUAGCAAGAAACUAUAAAUCCUUUGUUUACCUUAAGCCAAAUUGUAACAGAAAUUUUGUUGUAUGGUAAUUUUUUUCUUGGAAGUAAAAACUGACAAAAGGUUUAAAAAAAAAAAAAAAAAUGCAUAACUCAGCAGAUCACCCGUCAGGUGUCGAUAUUGCCUUGAGGCGGCUGCUUGGCAGAAGACAAUAUUUUGUGGGCGUUUCGACACUUCAACUUAACCGCAGGAUUGAGGCUGUUUCAAAAGGCGGGGCACAAAUCUGAAUUAAAUUUUGAGAGAGAGAGGAUGUUGAAGUUCUUGUCGAAAGUGAGAAUCGAGUUCAAUGCCUUGGACCCCCGCACUGCGUCGUGCUUGGAGUUCUUGGCUCAGUGCAAUGCCCGCAAGGCCAAGGAAUCUAACCCCGCCUGUCAGUUGUUGGUGAAGCGCCGCACCGACGACCAUCCACCGCAGAUCACCGUCACGUUCGUCAACGGUGUCGAGGAAGUCUUCGACGCAACCACCACCCCUGCUCAGGCCAUAAGGAACAUGAUUCUCGAGAAGGGUCAGCAUCUCGAGACCGAGCAAAUGUUCCGCGAGGCGGGCGAGGCCUGGCCUGUCAUCAUCCCAGAGGAGGAGCUCCACCAAUUCGCACCCGGUACCAAGCCAAGGAAAGCAGAAGAGAAGAAGCAGUAGCUGUACCUCAUCUCAUCAAACCAUUGCUUGGGAACAUUUUGAUGGUUGUCAGACCUGACACAAUGUGACUAAAUGCUUGGUUUGAGAGUGGCUACAAGUGGGAGAUGUCUUAUGUAGCUAGCAUGUUUAUUUGGCUUUGCCAUGGAAGCAUGUUUUUUGUUGGGUGUUUUAGCUUCAAGGGAUUAAAGUCUCACCAAGGAGCUGGGGACAUUGCAAAUUUUUACAACUUGGAUUUACCUUUUUCCUGGUAAAAAGAUGAUUAGGCCAUCAACAUGUUUUCUAUUUGGUUUCUCAUCUAUUUGAUGUCUGAAAUGGUGAUAUGCAACAAUGACAAAUGAAUAACAGGUUCCAACUGCUUUUUUCCUCUCUCA